AUGGCCGGUGCGUUGAUGUUCGUUGUCUAUGGUGACCCUGUGUCAGGGCGAAGCCCAACUGUGAGCAUACGUACCGUGCCGGGCCAUGGCCAUACACCGCCACGACCUGUGAUGGCCGAUGAUGCUGGACAAGCGGAUGUUCGAAUCAUGCGAUCGCAAUGGCUGCAAGUCGAUAAUGCGAAAAAUGAGCCCACCUUCGUUGCCUCCAUGGGUGCCGUCUGCUACGGAUGUUCGUUAUGGCCGGGGUCACGAAUCGACAUCUCGGACACAUCGCAGCCAUGGAUAUGGGCAUGGAAUGACCACCAAGAUAUGGCCCGCGUCGAAUAUUCCAAUGAAGCCAGUCUCGAAGUCCACAACUUUGGUGCCGGUGGUUGGGGGCUUUUCUACGUCGACAUGAAGAGUUCGACGAGCCACGAAGCUUCUCUACCUCAACUGAAGCAGGGCGUUGCAACCAUUGGAUCUUCAACGUUCCCUGUCGCGGCAUCCAAAUUCACUUCGACUGCUCCAGAUUCGUCCUCGGGCAGCUCAAACUUCCUCAUUGCGCUUGGUGAAUUCAGCCUCAGCCUUGGUCUUGUUCACUUGCAUGCGUUUCUAAUGGGGACGGCAUUCUUGUUCCUGUUCCCCAUGGGUGUGGUGGCAAUUCUUUCUGGGUCGCGUAAUGCGUUUCGGUUCCACUGGGUCCUGCAGGCAACAGCAACAAUGUUCGCGGGCCUAGGUGCGAUCGUAGGGCUAAUCAUGAGUGGCAGACAGCCUUCUGCUGCGGUUCAUCAGAUAGUCGGCAUUGCCAUCGUGCUGGCGUUUGACGAGGACAGUGACGAGGAUGGUAAAUAA